CUACGCAAUUUUGGAGAAAAUUCAAAGAUCUCUGGAGUGUCGAAAUUUUCCUGACCUUAACUUUAAACCCAAACAAGUCAAGUGCUUGGAGUCCAUAGUAAGAGGACAGGAUGUCAUUGGGGUGUUUCCAACAGGAUAUGGGAAAUCUUUAAUUUUUCAACUGUUACCAGAUGUCAUGAGAAACAAAGACGAAAAAUCUUCAAUUGUCAUUGUAAUCACUUGUUUACGCAAUUAUGGAAGAUCAAGUGAAUUUUCUGAAAAAAGUAGGAAUGACUUGCUACAUCCUACGUGACUUAAAUUUUGAGGAGAAUGCUGUACAGACGUUGCUUGAGGAUAUCUGUCUGAGUGAUAAAACAGAAGAUGUCUUACCAUCAUUUGUAUUGGAUGGUCAUUGUGACUUCCUAUUUUGCCAUCCAGAGGCUAUAUUGAGUGAGAGAGGAAGAACUUUGAUGAAAACGAAAAUUUAUCAAAAAAAUGUCAAAGCUUGUGUCAUUGAUGAGGCUCACUGCUUGGACACCUGGGGAAAAGAAUUUCGCAAAGAAUUUGAAAACUUGGGAGCAAUGCGAGCUUUUUUUAGAGAGGUACCUUUUAUCGCACUUACAGCUACCGCAACAGAAAAAACACUGGCUAAAAUAAAACAUAUACUUGGAAUGAAAACCCCAACAAUAAUAUCUGUUAAUCCAAACAGAAAAAAUGUAUACAUGUGCAAAGAAAAGAGAAAAGUUGGUGAAGAAGGUAUUGAAAAUAUCAUCUUGCCACUUGCAAAGGAGCUAAAAUCACUAAAGAAAAGUUUUCCUCAAACUAUUAUAUAUUGUGGAUUGAGGUUUUGUGGGUAUAUAUACAAGUUAAUAAAAAAUGUAUUAAAGGAACACAUGUAUGUUGAAAACAUAACAAACCCUAGCAAUUGUUUAAUUGUGCAAUUUCACGCACCACAAACAAAGUCAAUGAAAAACGAAAUUCUCCUUGAAGUUGCAAAAGAAGUUUGAACAUUC